CAUUCUAUCAUAUAUCCUUAAAUUUCUUAUUAACUCGAGCUUGGUUCCCUAAUCAAUCCCGUACGAAUUCUAGGCAUGUUUAACAUGAGAAUCCAUGUUCAAGUUUGGCUCCUUUAGUAAAGAAGUGAGUUCAGGUUCAACCUUGUUUGCAACCCUAAAGUGAGACAUGAAUACACCCACUAAUACCUCAACAGCGAAGGUCCUUAACAAUGGAUUGACCAAUGGACCCCUUUUGUUUUGAUUUUCUUUUUACAUCCAAAGAAACUAAAUUCCUCAAAUAAAUGAGGUUUAGGACUCGAAUUUGCAAAGUUAAGACCUCGAUUAAGAAAGGAUUUAGUUUUAAAAGCCGACCCUAAACGGCAUCCUCUUAACUGUUGAAAUGAAAAAGAGAAGUUAAUUGUACUGAAACAAAACAAUAUCAAGACAGGCAUUUUAUAUUCAAAGCCCUUGCAUCUUAGAAAAGAGAAGUUUCUAGUUACAAAUCAGGGGAAGAAUCCAUUUUUCUUUCCCAGUUAAAUGAAGAUGUGAUUAGAUAAACAGACAGAUUUGGGACAAUCCCUGGUUGAAUAAACUUCCAAAACAAUUUCUGUCCUAUAGUAUUAUAGUUAAACUACCCCUCUUCGUUGCUUCUUUUGUAUGCGUGUCUGUAAAUUAUGUCUCUCUUAUCAUGUGGACACUAGAUCAUUUGGUGGAGUUAUUGUUGCUGGUCUUGGAGGCAAUUUCCACAAGUGACAGUAGACACCAGCGGUAGAGGAAUGUCGAUAUGAACUGUGGAGGGUCAGGUUUAUUUGACAUUUAGGAACAAGGGUUGAUGGAAGACAUUAUGAUUACAUUAUUGCACACUGUCCUUGUGGUUCAAACCCAAUCCCUAGAGACGUUGAUUGAUUUUGGGAGCCGUGUAUGUAGGGCAUGAUAAACCUUCAAUCUAACAUGAUAUGCCUUUUGUUUUUGUACAUUUUGUCGUAAAAGAUUGUAGUAACUGCUUUGGUUAUGGUCAAGACGGUUAAUGUUCUCGUUGCUGGUAGCGUUUGGUAAUCCAAACAUGUUCCUGUUUUUUCCAUAUACAUGUUUUUUUUCUUUUAAGAAAGUAUUAAGGCUAGAGCAUCGUCAUAGGCAAGGAUUGGUGCUGAAUCAAUGACUGAUUCUCAAGCCGCGUGGAGUCUCUCGAGCUUCGGUUAGAUAUAGGCGUGGAUAUAGAGACUUUGUAGAUAUGUUGGGUGGGACCGGGUGCAAUGCUCCAUAAGAUGGUGUGGAGACCACUAUUUUAUUAUACCCCCUCCCCUGUAGAAAGGUAGAUGGAAUGUACGUUUGUAACUGAAGAACAGGUGGAAACAUUUUACUGCUUCAUCAUUGAUUCAUGUUGUGGACAAAGUAGGUGUUGUAUCUCUCUACAUAUAGUAGAACUAAGGGAAUUUCAGAGGCAGCCCGUGCUAUCAUUAUUUCUGUUUCUCUCCCAUACUUUUCUGUGCUUUCGGAUCUGAAUAUUGCUUGAAAGCGUGUGAAUUUUAGUAUGGAAGGAUCGAAAGUGAUGAAAACUAUUACUGCAGGAAACAUAGCUCCGCAGCCCAAUUUUGGCAUCAUUGAAUCUACUCAUCCUUGCAUUUCUCAUCCACAGAAAUCAACUGUUAGAGAUGCAUCCUUUUCUUCCUAUCUCAGACCGAUGCCAGAACAGAUUGCUCAAGUUGAUGAUUCUGAGAUAAGCAUUUUCGAUGCACAGAAGUACUUCAAUGAAAGUGGCAGUGACCCCAAAUUGAGCAGGAGAGUUUCUCCAGUUAAUGCUAAACUUGAACGCGUAUCCGAGCGAUUUGAUUUCUCUUCGCUUCCUAGAUUGUCGUCUGCCUCGUCUUCGGUUGAUGGAUAUGGCAGGAAUUAUAGAGCUCGAUCUUUCCACGCAACACCAACCGCUUCAUCUGAAGCUAGUUGGAAUAGCCAGGCUGGUUUAUUGUCUAAUCCACCAGGUGCUAUCGCUGUCUCUAUGCGAAACCCACCUCGAAAUGAUGACAAGAGAAAAGGGUCUGGUACAAAAUGGCUUCUUAGGAGAAAAUGUCCAUGUUCAGGUAAGAAAUCUGUUCAAAUCGAGGAAAAGCUAUCAGAACCAAGAACCCUAUCACGGACAAGUCACACUAAAGGACUCUCUGUGGAUCUCAAAAAGCAGAUUAAGAUUCCUACCCCUGUAGAAAAUCCUAUUGAAAAAAGUUCGGCUACACCGGACUGGCUCGAAAGACGUGAAGUAAUCCCCAGUUCUCAUAGAAUGUCGGCAGAUGGCAAGCUCGAAAGGCGUGAUGCGAUUCCUAAUACUCAUCGAAUCUUGGCAGACAACAGCCGAUUUCCUUCAGGCUUAAGCCACCAACGUGUAGUGGCCUCGGCAAGACCAUUUAGUACUGAUACUACUGCUGGGUUCAGUUUUCCUAUACUGAGCCAAACCCCACCUCCCAUGAAACUGGUGUUGCCAUCAACUACAUAUAACCCUCCUCUUGAGGAUCCACCCCGCGAGUCGUUGGAAGUUUUUCGGCCAGCUGAAGGUCCUAUUCCAACAAAGUCAACUUCUGAUCUUCAGCGACGUCAAAGCUUCACAGUCAUGGAAGACGAUAUGGCAAGUGAUGCAAGUUCAGACUUGUUCGAGAUUGAGAGUUUCUCAACUCAGACGACAACAUAUGCAAUGUAUCCUAAUCAUCGCGAUUCCCUUGAUGAUGCUCCUAGCUUUAACACAAGGCGAUUAGCCGCAACAAAUGGAGGGGAUUUGUAUUGUAGACGAAGUCUUGAUGAACCUAGAACACCAUCAAUUGCACCAACAGAAUGUUAUGAGCCAAGCGAGGCUAGCAUAGACUGGAGUGUGACAACAGCUGAAGGGUUUGACAGAGGAAGUGUUACUAACUUCUCAGUCAGUGCAUCAGAAGUAGAUGAAACGGCAAUGAUGCGUGGCCGCGAGGAUGAAAAGAAUAGCGGCGGUGGGAAGAACAGAGGAGCGAAUGGAGGGUUGUUGAUGAGUUGUCGGUGCGAGAAGGCGGUUAGUGUAGGGCCACAUCCGGUGAAAUGUGUGCCUGCAGAGGGACAAAGAGUAGCAAGCUCCACAGUGAGGCAUGUGGGAAGUAGGCCAGCUGUGAUGAACAAGCCACCACUUGCUGGGUUUCACUCUGCUCGAUUGUCUUUACCCUUUGCAUCAUAGGAAGCAAGCUGUGAUGGUAAAUUGCUUGCUUCCAUGUUCAUCAGUUCCCUAAGCAGAUACUCUUUCUUUCUCCUUUUCUCUGUUCUUUCUUUUUGUGACCUUUUUUGAUUGAUUGUUGAUGGGAGUUCAUACUUUCUCUGAGUAAAUAAACGAACAAUUACAACGUUA